AGAUACAUAUCCUUACAACCGAAGUUUGUUCAAAGCAAUGGAAGCAAAAGCAACGGGAGAGCCUCAAACCCUGCGGCCGGUUGAAGAUCCACCCGUGGAGUCGAAGGAAGAGGAGAUUAAUUCAUCUGUUCCCUCACCUAUAACAGUGGAUAAGACGACAUCAAUGGAGGAGCCACCUGCGAAAACCAUUUCCGAAUUGGAAGUUGAGGUCUGGGGAAAAUCAGUGAAAGUCAACCUCUCGUACCUUCAUCCAUUGCCGACUGAACGCGACGAAGAGGCCUUGCGAGCUUUGGUUAUGAAGAUGUUAACAACUGAGGAGGAAGCACGCGUUCCACCGUCCUUCAAUCGGAACGAAGGUUCAUCCACUUCAUCGUUAGUGGAGCUGAAGGACGAAAAACUAGUUAUUGUGAGAGUCAAAACAACAGCGCCCAAUAAUGCUGAUGGACUUGCUGGAUUAAAGGAUGAAAAGAUUCCGAAAGAAGAAGCAGUGUGUAGAUUUUGCUUUCACAAAUUUGAAGAUGACAACGUUCUCAAGACGAAAUGCAGAUGUAAAUUUACACUGAUACAUGAACACUGUGCCGUAGAAUGGUCUCGAGAGAAAGGCAACAACAUCAAAUGUGAUGUGUGUGACCAAGAUAUCCAAAACAUACCUGUGACCUUAUCACUGUCUGAUCAAGACAAGCUUGAGAAACCAUCAAGGUUUCGCAAUUGGAUGGGAAGAUUCAAGGGCAGGGCAUAGAUUACGUACCCCAUAUUUGCUGUUUUUUUUGCUUGAUUAAGCUGUCGGCGUUUUUCUUGAACAUCAUUUAUCAUGAAAUUUGGAUCCUGCAAACGUGUGAUUUUAUUACUUCGGUCAUUUGUUAUUGUACUUUGGUUGUUUUGAGAAGGUUUCUUGCUAUUUCUUCUACUUGAUUUGGCCAUAUUUCUGUACGUUUAUUAUUAAUGUUACCAACAAAUUGAGCCAAUCACAUAUCUCUGUUAGGAUAAUGAUCAUCAUUUCACUAGUUUAGUUGCAGUUGUGUAAGGUAAAACCAAGGGCUC